AUGACAACAGAUUAUCUACAAACAUACGAUACGACAACAAAAAUCAGUCGAAAUAGUUCUACUCGUUCACAAAAAGAAUGUCAUCAACGUUAUGUCCUAGCAAAGACAAUAGGAAAUUAUACUUUACAACAAAGUAUAGGUAAAGGAAGUAUGGGUAAAGUGAAAUUGGCUGUUCAUAAUGUGACUGGUGAAAAGAUUGCAGUAAAGAUUGUACCAAGAGCUAAUUUACAAUUGUUAAGUAAUCCAACUUAUAUGCAUGGGAAAACAAUACAACAAAUAGCAAAAGAAAGAGCAAGAGAAGAAAAUCGAGAAGUGAGAACGAUUAGAGAAGCCCAUAUUAUGAUGUUGUUAAGACAUCCAAAUAUUGUUGGUUUAAAAGAUUUAGUAUUUCAAGGACCUUAUUUCUAUAUUUUAAUGGAUUAUGUAAAUGGAGGUCAAUUGCUUCAUUAUAUUGUUAAACGUCAACGUUUGUCAGACAGAAGGACAAGACUAUUCUCUCGUCAAAUCGUAAGUGCUCUUGAUUAUCUGCAUAGAAAUUCAAUCGUUCAUCGUGACUUGAAAAUUGAAAAUAUCAUGAUUGAUAAAUCUGGGAGACAUGUUAAAAUUAUAGAUUUUGGGCUCUCUAAUCUCUUUUGUCCUGAACGUCAACUGACUACCUAUUGUGGUUCACUUUAUUUUGCUGCUCCUGAGUUACUACGAGCACACCCUUAUAAUGGUCCUGAAGUGGAUAUAUGGAGUUUAGGUGUCGUUAUCUACGUUAUGGCCACAGGCUCUGUUCCUUUUGAUGAUAAAUCAAUGCCAGGUCUUCAUGAAAAAAUUAAACGGGGUCAUGUUAAUUAUCCAGCUCAUUUGAGUGAAGAUUGUAAGGACUUACUCUCUCGUAUCUUUGUCACUGACCCUUCAAGACGUAUUAUCAUGACUGAUAUCAUUCAUCAUCCCUGGAUGAAUAAAGAAGCUUCUCCUAUUAAUAACCAUUUACCUUUUCGAAAACCUUUAAGUCUCCCUUUAAAUCCAAAAGUAAUUGAAAGAAUCUCUCAAGGUUUUAAUUUAGGAACUCCAGAUGAUAUUGAACGUCGAUUAAGGUUAAUUAUACAAUCACCUGUCUAUCAUGAAGCCGUUACUUAUAUUGCAGAUUGUCAUGCACGUCGACCUUUACCCUCUUCUGGUCAUCCUGUUCCUAUGAGUAUUGUCUAUGAUGAUCCUCAAUCUGUUCCUGCUGCCUAUCAUCCUUUUUUAUCUUUAUAUUAUUUAGCCUCUGAACAAUUAAUGGCAAAGGAAUUGGAAGCGAGCCACUUUCAACAACAACAACAACAACAGCAACAACAAUAUCGUAUCUCCACUAAAUCAGCUUUAUCGCGAAAGACAUCUGUUGAUUCUGUAGGUUAUGGUGGAGGAGGGGGUUAUUCUUCUGCCAAGAGUAGUCAGGGUUCCCUUAUAGGUGAUGAUACACUAAGAUUACUAACUGAUAUUCCUCUAAGUCAACCACCUAUUUUACCUCAAAUACAUGCUUCAAAGACAACAACUGGGAGCACAACUGGACUUUCAGCUGCUAUUCAUUCAACAACUUAUUUAAGUCGAAUUCAACGUUGGCUUCGUUCUUCAUUAUCACAACAUAACUUGGGUGAUAAUACAUUAGAAACCACUUCAUCUCGAGUAGAAAAUCAUGUUGAUAGCUCAGAUAACAAAGAAAAUAAACCCUCUCAUUCAAAUGAAUCUACACAAAUAGAGACAUUAAAUCUAGAUGAUCGUCCUACCAAACCACAGCAAAGUACAGCAAAUAAUGGAAGUAAAUCUUUAUUUCGUAAAUUAUCGCAUGUUUUCUUACGUAACAAGAACUCUUCAAAAAGUGUAUCAAACAAUAAGUCAAAUCAUCAUCAUACAAAUACCCCACCUCAUAAUUUAAACACAAAUGAAGAGGAGACAGACUUUGUAGUGACAACAAAAUCUGAAUCAACUCAUGUUCCUAUUAUUACAAAUAAUAAUGAUUCAUCUUUAUUAUCGUCGUCAUCAUCAUCGUCGUCGUCGACAUCAUCAUCAUCAUCGUCGUCAUCAACAUCCUCACCACCACCCGUUCCACCAAAAGAUACUAAUUAUUAUGCUUUACUAGCAUCCAAUUAUGGAAUGACUACGCAGCAAGCUAUGAAUCAUUCAACAGCAAUAAGAAAAUCACAAUCGAUACCACCUGGCAUGUCAAUGGCUACAAUAACAUGUAGACAAACAGCACAUACCAUUGAUUUAAACACUAUAACUAAUAUACCUACGCCUAUUGCAUCUAAAAUGGCAAAGUAUAAUGACCCUAUACCACCACCAUUACAAAAAGAGAAUGGAUAUCUACAACCGAUAUCUCCUGCUCAUAAUAUCUCUAGAUCCACUUCCAUGACCUCUCAUCGUAGAAGAGGUUCUGUAUCCAAGAUGUCCGAAAAAAUUGGUUCUUGGUUAACUCGUUCUUCUUCUCUCAAUUAUGAUACCAAAUUGAAUAAGAAUGAAAUUUAG